AUCAAAUUGAAGUUAGCUAUGACCGCCAUUUUAGUAGAAGUGAUUCGAUUCGUUUGGCGAAGCCUAAAACUGUGAAUUAAAAUUGUGUAUCGUCAUUUAGAAUAUAAGAUUUGUUUUUCAUCGAAGAAAAAGAGAAAAGAAAAAAAAAAAAAAUGUCGACUAGACUCAAAAGGCAUACGACACACAACGCUAAACCUUACGAUCGUCCUAAGACAUUUUUUCAGAAAGUAGCAUCAACACUGCAAGAUAUGUUUGUGCCGUCAUGGAUAUUAUACAAUUCUUCAAACAAAUCGGAUUCAAGUGUGUCUCAGACUCCCGCGAAUCAGAAUUCAGAAGAUAAUACAGAAUCACAACAAACUUUGCAUCAGAUAAAUCAUCAGAAGAUAUCAGAUAGAGGUGAAUCGUCAAAAUACUUAAAUGUUAGGAACGAAUCAUCCAAAAAUAUGUAUAUGCCUGAAAAACGACCCACUUAUUCAUCAUAUACUAUAGAACAAGAAAAGAGGAGGAGAGAAAAAGCACAAAUUUCAGAUCUGACUGACAAUUACAAUGAGAUUACUCAAGGAAAAACAUCUAAUUUAUUAAAAAGUGACACAUUAAGAAAUAAUGUAAAACUACAGAAAAAAUCAACUCAUCAGUCUUUUGUAAAUGGUGAUGAUCAUUCAGACAACAGUGAUGGUUCUGCAUCUACAAGUGGAUGCUCUUCGUUAGUUUCUUCACAUCAGGAAAGAAAAGAUCAGUCUCAUGAAUAUGGGUUGCAGAUUAAUGAAGAAGCUUUAGAACAGAUAAAGAAAGAACUAUCAAAGAAAGAAGAAUUUAAAAACAAAGGAGUGAAAAGGCACAUAUCUGUUGAGACCGAGUCUCUUACUCAUGGAACAGAUUCAAAUUUUAAUCAGAGUGAAUUGCAUUCAUGGUAUAAGGAAAAAAUUGUUUGUCCAAAUAAGAGAGCAAGACCACAGCCAACAUUUACUGGUAGAAAACCAUCAUUUAACUUAUCAAGUUUUGGAGCUCCAUCAUUGGGUGAAGUAUCUCAUUCAGGAGGAAACUGUUGUCAUUCACCAUUUUAUGAGGGUAAAACAACAUUUGGCGGAGCAUCUGCUAUGAACAGAUCACAUAUAUUAUCAUCAAUAUCAUGUCCUGACACAAAUGCCUCAAAUACUAAAUUGAAAGUGAACGAUGCUUCGUCAAAAAAAGAUUUUGACUACAUGAGUACAACGGCUAAACGAAUUUUAUUAUCUUUAGAAAAGAUGUCCACUCCUUUAGUGGAUGCAAAGAAGAUUCCAACAGAAAAGAAAACAUUUGUUGAAUCAUAUUUGCGGCGAAAAAUGAAUUCUUCAUCCAACAAUUUUGCAAUUAACAAAUCAAAAUCUCAGCUACCAUUAUGUAAGCCUCCAACCUCUGGUAUAAUCAUUCCUUCAUCACCUAUGAUCUGCAAAAAUUUUGAUUCUAGAAUUUCGUCAGAUCAGGUAUCAAAUAAGAUAAUCUUUAAUCCUGUCACUAUAUCAACUGAUAUAACUCCAUCAGCAAGCAUGCCCAUCAAGACCACAGGAAAGAUUAGAGCAAGGACAAAUACAGCCCUUCAUUGUUCAAAGAAAGCAAAUAUGAAUGAGGUUGUGGAAGUUCCAGAUCUUCCAAAUAUACCUUUACCUAUUGAUCAAUUACCCACUUUUAAUUUCAAUACUGUGUCUAAAGCAUCAGGAGAAUGCAACCAGUCCAAAGAAAAUAAUGAGAUUCAGUUUAAAUUUUCAUCACCCAUUCAACAUAAUGCUCCUUCUCCACCUCAGGUCUCUAAUUUGAAGGAAAUGUGCUUCACUUUCAGUUCACCAGUCAUUAAAGAAAAUGAUUCUUUGAGUAACUCUCCUCAAAAUGAAAAAUCAAAACAGGAAGAUUCGUCUAAUGAAAAAGUUGCUUGUACCGAGGAAAAGGUUUCAUCUGCUUCAAAAGAACCAGAUACUUCUGUGGAACAGAAACAAAUUAAACCUAUUGGUUUUGGUGACAAAUUCAAACCUGCUCCUGGAAGUUGGGAAUGUUCUACCUGCUUUGUAAGGAAUUCGAAAGAUGACAUGAAAUGUAUCUCUUGUGAAACACCAAAAACUAAUGUUACAGUUUCUACACAAGAAAAGACCGGGUUUUCAGAUACAAAAUUAGAAUCUAAUAUCACUUCAAAGACGAUUGAUAAAUCUUCUAAACAAGAAGAAAAAACUGAUAACAAGAACUCAUUUUCUAUACCUUCAACUAAAGCCACUACUAGUUCUUGGCAAGAAUUUGGAGAUAAGUUUAAACCACCAUCAGGAAGUUGGUCAUGCCCCGUCUGUAUGAUCUUUAAUGAACAGACAGAUUCAAAAUGUUUGGCGUGUGAAACGCCAAACCCCCAUCAGAAAUCACCCGUUGCGGAACAGGCACCGACAACUAAAUUUGACACGAAAUUUAAAUCAACACCUGACUCUUGGGACUGUGACGUCUGUUUUGCUCAGAAUCCUAGCAGUGCAUUAAGAUGUUUUGCUUGUGAAACUUUGAGAUGUGUUACAUCUAAACCUUCAGAUUCAACACAGCUGUUCUCCGGAUUUAAAUUUGGAAGCAACAAAAAACAGAAUUCUUCCUUUUCUCUGGAAAAUACGGCAUUCAACAACAACAAUUCGGGAUUUAAAUUUGGAAUGACUCCUUCCAGUGGCCUUAGCACUAGUAAGCAGUCGCAGGAAUUUACAUUUGGAAGCAAGGCAACCGAUUCAAAACCAGUUGAAGGUUUUAAAUUCAAUGCUUCGAAUUUUUCCACGUCAUCCAGUGCCUUUACAUUUGGUGGAAAAUCCCUUCAGGUCAAUAGUGAAUGCAAUAAUUUAACAAAUGGAAAAAUAAAAUUUGGAGUUGGAAGUUCGGAGAAUCCACAGACUACUGGCUUUGGUAGCAAGUCUCUUCCAGCUUUUGAACCACCCAAGUUGGUGCCACAACUGUUUGGAAAUCAGUUGAAUACUGCAAAGAGUGAAGCAGCCAGUUAUGCCUCAUUGAAGAGUCCAGUUUCUCAGUCAUCUCUGACUACUCCAGCUGUCAGUUCAGUUGCUCCAGUUGUAUCUGUUGCUCCUGCCAGUACUCUGGCUCUGAGCACUGCCACUACUACGGUAUCCAUUUUCAGUUUUGGAAAAACUCAGCCAGUUGUUUCAGUCACUGCGGCAUCACCUCCAAAAAUAAAUGCAGAAGAUCCAACUGCUUCAGCAAAUUCAAACACUGGAUGUUCAUUUAGUUUUACAAGUCCACCAAAGAUUGUUGAUAUUUCUAACAGAGAUACUAUUUUACCCGAGAAAGUGGAAACUACUAGUGAGAACAAAGAGGCCACAAAUGUCACCCAGAAGCCGAUAUCAACAUUUUCAUUCAGUUCUACUGCUGUCACAACAAGCAGCAUCUUCAAACCCACCACAGUCAACAAUGUCUUUACAUUUGGCUCACCCGUGCCAUUUUCUGUUGUCUCAACGCAGCAGAAUGUGAUCAGUCCCCCAAACCCAUUCACUCCAAACACAACCUCUCAAGUAUCCUUCUCAAAUUUUGGCAACAAUUCAUCGACCACGACUUUUGGACAUGACAACAAUCAGCCGAAACAAGGAUUUGGCUUUCAGGCCCUACCAGCAGUUCAGUUCAAUUCCCCGAAAUCUGAGCAACCCUCUGGCAAUGUCUUCCGAUUUGGCACGCUUCAGGAACAAAAACCUGCAGAUAUUGCAAAAUCGAAUUUUACUUUCGGUGCUAGUCAAGAACAAAAACCGCCCGGAGGCGACCAGGCGGCGAAGCAGUCUUUUGCAUUCAGUUUCCACCCGGCCCAGGCCGAGCAGAAGACGUUCGCCGCACCCAAGGGAAACGAUCAGGAGAAACCCAAACCGAGUUUCAACUUUUCGUUUACCCCUUCACAGAACUUCUUCAGCACGCCGUCCACGUCGGCACCCAGUUUUAACUUUGCCACAAACGUGGCCUCACCGGGAACCCCGUUUUCUUUCACGGCAAGUCCCAGCGGAACCGCCCAGCCUACCCGCAGGAUCAAGAGGGCCGUCAGAAGAUCCAACCUGGGUCCGGGACGAAGAGACAAUUGAGAGAACGCUCGCGACAGGAUGUACAUUUUUUUCCGUAGAAGGGAGGCGGCACCAAAAAAAUUUCGAAAGCAAUGGCGAGAAAAGUCUAAACGCGAGACGGUCUUUCACAAAACUGUAAAUGGAAACUAACUUUUAAGUAUAAAUUAGGCGUGUGUGAUUUUUAAGCUGAAUAUCCCAUAGUAAUAAAAACAUCUUACAAAACUGAAUAAUUUUGACUUUUACUUU